AUGAAUACUCGCGCCAUGACGACCAGAAACCGGACCCCACACAAUGACAAUCCCCUAAUUCCAUUUGAUACAACUAUGUAUGAUCUGACUGGCCAUGGGCUCAAUGCCAGCAAGCACUCACCAGGUGCCCGAGGCCUACAUAGUCACAAUGAUGGCAUUAACCCAGCAAUUUACACUGAUGACAAACUUCGACAAUCUCUUUUUAGGGCCACUCUCCGGACUCGCGCCCAAGGUGCAUUCCCGUACACUGAUCUGGAUGGUAACACACCUAUGACUGAUGGAACUGAAAAGUCUGACCGCUCAGGAACCUUGAAUGUUCGAGGUCUCCUCUCUACCAUCAAUAACCCGCAAUCCCCAAAACUUCUUUACAUCCGACACCUUCGUACCCUUUCCCCUUCCCUUUCAUUACUUGCUCUCCAAGAGACUCAUUUACUCCCUAUAUAUCACUCAUCUAUUCACCUUACAUUCCAAGCACAAGCCAGCCUAUGGACCCCACAUUGCGGCCUCGUCUCUUUCGAUCCCCUCCUCCAAUUAUCUCAACUGCAUGUUUCUCCUGACAACUGUGCACUCGUUGUCAAGAUUACACAUACCAAUCAUUGUGUUAAUCCUUUUGUAGUUGUGGUUAUUUAUGCACCCAACAUUCCUUCCCACCGGCAUACUUUCUUCUCCUCAUUAGCACGCACUCUCCCUACUGUCAUUCCUUCCCUGCCUGCCUUUAUUCUGGGGGACUUUAACUGUGAUCUUAGCCAUCGUUGCAGCCAUCCACCGGACUGGAAAGGAUACAUUCAGAGUAAUUGCGUGGAUGCCAUCACUAAUUUUUCUUCACCCCCGUUACCCACUUUCCACAGCUCUCGCACCCGCACACGCAUCAACUACAUUUUCUGUCCACACAGCAUUGUUACCAAACGCCCUGAUGUAACAUUUAUCAAGCCUUUAUGGACUGACCACUGCCUUCUUGCGGUCUCCAUUCCUUUCUCUCGCCCACCAGGUCCUGGAGUCUGGAGGUUUAAUACGCAAUAUCUCCUGCAUGAUGAAUUUGAUGCUCUCAUUACCGACUUUCUGGAUAAGGCCAACUCUUUUCUCUCUCCUGACAUGUCUCCCAGUUCUUGGUGA